AUGUUAUCUCAGGUGGGGGAGGUUUGGAAGGGAGCCAGACUGGAGGCCGUGGACAAAGCGGACCUUCCUCUUCGCCCUAGGGCUCGCGUCUGGCUGCCGGCUGAACCUUCCACUGCUAAUGGGAUUGAGGAAAUCCUCAAGUACUGCAACCCCUCUCUCCCCACGCAUGACUGGAGGGUUAUAAGGCGGGAGAGAACUGAUGAACCCUAUCGUCAAGCGUUGAUAAUGCUUAACGAGGAGUCCAUCGGUCCUCUCAGUAAAACCAAGGGAGCCAUUAGCUAUGGUUUCGAAAUGGUUGUGCUAAAGGUACUCCCAACGGAUACCAGGGCUGAUGGCACCCAAGCUGCAGAUGCAGGGGAGAAGGCAGACGGCGUUAGCGAUGGUCAAGCGACCAUAGAAAACGACCCAAACCUCUCGGACGUGGCGAGUUCUGGAGGCGGUUCGUCGAUUGGCGAUUCCGUCUUCAGUCUCGAAAAACUGUUUGAGGAGGUGAGGGUCGAUCACACCAUGAGCGCUGAACUGGCGCUGCUAGAGGAUAGUCUGAAGGAUGAAAUUCCUCCAGAUUAA